UUAUACAGAGCUAAUAUAAUUUACAUGCAGCAUGCUGAGAGCUACUUAAAUGACAGCUCCCUUUUAGAUAUGCUGUCUGUGUCUGACUGUUCAGAAGAUUUAAAGAGCAGAAAGAAUUUCUGAGAAAAACAGCUCCGGAUUAUUAUUUUUUUUUUUAAAUUGUCUUUUAUUAUUGUAAUUGAUAAUGCAGUUACCCCUUUGAGACAUGCUCAUGGUCCUGGCAGACCCAUAAAUCCUUGGGUCAGAAUUAAGUUCUAGCCUACAAACGAUAACGUGCUAAUCUCGCAUCUCUGAUCUAGCCAAUGCUGCAACAUUAGCAUGGACAAGCUGAAGAGGUGUGGCUGGCAAAGUGAUGGGUAAAAAUGCAGAUUGUCUAGAAGUGAGCUUUUAAAUGUAAGUUCAGUUAUUUAAAAUGGGAAAACACUCAUGUUCCCCGACUGACACUGUCCCUUUAAUAGAAUGGCUUGGUCUCCCACUCAGCCCUGGCUAAGUGCCCGACUAUCUUCAUUUAAACUUUGGCCAGCUGAACAGCAAUAAUAGACCAUAAAUGAUCUAGAUGCAAGGUAGAUCCAUUUACAAGUGGAUAGGCUGUUUAUUUACAGGUUGCCUUACUUUUGUAAAAAAAACCCCACAUUUUCCAGUAUGACCUACUGGAGAUAUUUUCUACACUGACAUCAUCUUUAGUCCACCAUUUGCUUUUUGAAUGCAUUCGAAGAAAGGAAAAGUCAUCUGAUUUGGGAUCAAAGUCACUAUGUGGAAAAAACACUUUUUCUUUUGCUUUUUGCUUUUGGCUUUGACAACAUACGAGAUAGGAUAUGGGCAAAACAGAAAGAAAGGAAAGCAUUCUUCUUCUCACAUGCAAAAAGAUGAAGGUGAUAUGUGUCUCGUUGAUAUAGUCUUUAUCUUGGACAGUUCAGAAAGUGCCAAAAAUCAGUUAUUUGAUUUACAGAAGAAUUUUGCUCAAAACUUAAGUGACAGCAUUUUCCAGAUGAAGCCAGUUAAGUCUCAGAAGUAUAAUGUCAAACUAGCAAGUAUGCAGUUCAGCAGCACUGUCAGCAUUGAUCAUUCCUUUAAAGUCUGGAGAAAUGUGCAGAAUUUUAAAGAGAAAAUCAAGUCUCUGGGCUUUAUUGGCCACGGCACCUACUCCUAUUAUGCAAUUUCCAAUGCCACUCAGCUGUUUAAAACUGAAGGUCGUAAAACAAGUGUGAAAGUGGCUUUUUUGAUGACUGAUGGUGUGGAUCAUCCAAACAGCCCUAAUGUCCAGGGUAUAGCCGCAGCCGCUAGGAGUCUUGGAAUACAUUUUUUUACCAUUGGCCUUUCUAAGAAAAAAGUCCAAGAAGAAAAAUUGCGCAUGAUAUCUGGUAAUUCAUCCUCUAAGCGUGUCUCAUGCCUGGAUGAUGACAACCUGAUAGCUGAUGUAACAUUGGAACUGGAAGCCUUGCUUCAGAAGCAGUGUAUGUGGAAGAACUGCGAGUGUGAAAAGGGAGUAAAAGGAGACAAAGGUGAUUCUGGCAGUGCUGGUAACAGAGGGGAAAAAGGUGAGCCGGGACCAAAAGGAAACAAGGGCGAUGCUCAAAAAGGAGAUAAUGGAGAAAAAGGUGAAGAGGGACCUCCUGGCUACAAGGGAGACAAGGGUGAAAGAGGAGAAUGUGGAUCCCCAGGAAUAAAAGGGGAAAGAGGUUUGGAAGGUCCUUCUGGCCCUAGGGGACCUCGGGGACCUCAGGGUAUCAGUGGACCUCCAGGAGAGCCAGGCCCAAAAGGCAUUCAAGGAAGCAAGGGAGAGCAAGGCCCUUUAGGUCCCUAUGGUCCUCCAGGACUCCCUGGUGUUGGAGAGCCAGGACCCAAGGGUGCUCAAGGUCAAGAAGGUAGAAUUGGAUUCCCAGGACCUCCUGGAAUUGGUGAGCCAGGAUUACCUGGACCACGUGGCCCUGAUGGUCUGCCAGGUGAGAAAGGUCUACCAGGAGAGGGCAUUCAAGGCCAAAAGGGUGAAAAAGGCUCUACAGGUACAGUUGGUCCUCCUGGACCACCAGGUCAGGAAAUCAAAGGUGUCAAGGGUGAACAAGGCCAGGUAGGACCACAGGGCCCAGCAGGACCACCAGGAAUAGGCAAUCCAGGAAGCCAGGGUAUACAGGGUCCACAAGGAAACCCUGGGCCAAAAGGAUCUAAAGGUUUUGGUCUGCCAGGUCCAAAGGGUCAGCCAGGUGAACCUGGGCAAAAAGGAGAACCAGGACUUCCAGGAAUUGGUGUACGAGGACUUAAAGGAGAUAUAGGUCUACCAGGACUCCCAGGAGCAAAAGGGGUGCAGGGAGAUCCUGGGAAGUCAGGGGAAAAGGGGGAAAAGGGAGAUCAAGGUCCAAGAGGCCCAGAAGGACCCCCUGGCAGAGGAGAUGUAGGCCAAAAGGGUGACCCUGGAGAAAAAGGAUCCCAAGGACUGACCGGUCAUAAAGGAGCACAAGGCCCAGCUGGACCAAAAGGUGAACCAGGAGAGAGAGGACCACCUGGUGUCGCUGGAUCAUCUAUUCAGGGACCUGCUGGACCAAAGGGGGAUCCAGGACCCAAGGGGCCACCGGGAGACGAUGGACUUCCUGGAAAUUCAAUAAUGGGACCAACGGGUAACCGGGGACUACCUGGACUACCUGGACCCCGUGGAGCAAAAGGCGAUGGCCACAAAGGUGAAGCUGGACCUCCAGGACCAGCAGGCCCCCCAGGACCAGCAGGCCCAAAAGGCGUGGGAGAUGCUGGACCAAAGGGAGACCGUGGAAUGAAAGGCUAUCCUGGGCCCCCGGGGCCACGGGGAAGCGGAAUGAUUGGUCCCAAGGGCGUUAUGGGACAGAAAGGCUUGCCUGGUCCACCCGGGCCCCCUGGCAACAGCAUACAAGGAAGCAAGGGAGAAAAAGGAAAUCAAGGUUUACCUGGACUAAAGGGAUCAAUAGGAAUUGGCCUUCCUGGACCAAAGGGAGAUUAUGGAGAUAAGGGUGACCCAGGGAGCAAAGGUGCCAAAGGAGAGAUUGGAGACCCAGGACCUCCAGGACCAAAGGGAAUUUGGGGAAGAAAGGGUGAACCUGGUCUUUCAAGAGAAGAAGUUAUCAGGCUUAUCAGUGAAAUAUGUGGUUGUGGUAUCAGCUGUAAAGUAACACCACUGGAACUAGUGUUUGUCAUUGACAGUUCAGAAAGCGUCGGACCAGAUAACUUCAAUAUUAUCAAAACUUUUAUGAAAACAGUCCUUGACAAGGUAUCAGCCAACAAUGCUACCACCCGCAUUGGCAUUAUCAACUUCAGCCAUAAAGUAGAGUUGGUGUCUUCUCUGAAGCAACACGCAACCAAAGAAUACCUGAAAUCAGCUGUUGAUAAAAUGCCGUACUUAGGAGAAGGCACAUACACAGCUUCUGCUAUCCAAGAAGCCAUUCAGUUAUUUCAGGCAGCACGCCCGGCAGUAAGAAAAGUGGCUGUUGUAAUAACAGAUGGACAAGCAGACGCUCGUGAUAAAGUACAACUGGAUACUGUAGUAAGAGAGGCCCACGCUAUGAAUAUUGAGAUAUUUGUCAUUGGGAUUGUUCAAAGGACCGAUCCUCAUUAUGAUGAUUUUCUGAAAGAAAUGCAGCUUAUUGCAACAGACCCUGAUGAAGAACAUGUUUACCAGAUAGAUGACUUCAUGACGCUUUCAGCUCUUGAAAGUAAACUGAUCACAAAAAUCUGUGCGAAUGUGUCUGAAGUCAUCAGAAAAGAUAAUGUUUUCUCUCCAUCUCCAAGUCCGGAAUAUGAAAUUGCUCGUGAAAAUACUAAUAGCCAGUUCCCUGAAAUUACUACUUCAGAGAUUUAUACGCUCCCUACAGAAGGAAUCGGUUACCCACUUAGUCCGCCGAGGACCAGAUACACUGAGCCAGUGCCAUCUGCUCAGGAUCACACUGUGACCUCCUCUCCUCACAAAGAAUCGAGAUUUCCCCCGCUUUAUGACAUAUCUGAAAUCAGACCUCAGAGUCCAGUUGUCAAUCCUUUGUUCAAUGUAACUGCUACUGAAGAUCACCACCUAACUGUGUUGCAAACACAGUUACCAGCAACCCAAAAAGAUCCAAGGUGCUUGGAACCUAUGAAACCAGGGGACUGUCGGGACUACGUGGUGAAAUGGUAUUAUGACAAGAAUGGCAAUUCUUGUGGCCAGUUCUGGUACGGAGGUUGUAAUGGUAGCAACAAUAGAUUUGAAACAGAAAAAGAAUGUCAAGAAGCCUGCGUUGAUUGAUGGAUAAAAAUGGCUCUGUGUGGAGCUUUUAAAGCUGGAAGUUCAUGUGUAUUGAGGAAGAAUUGACUGAGAAGAAUCCAGAAUGAUGUGUUAACAUUAAUAUAUUACUACCACACUCUACUGCUUUCUCCACUAUGGUAUUCACAUUGACUAGAUUCCUGUAUAACGUAUGUUAUCUGCAACACCAUAGCAAUAACUUAAAAUCACACAUACACACACACGCGAACAUACCUUUUCCCUCCAAAUUUAUAUUAACUUGUUACUACCACACACAGCAAUGAUGAGAUUCUAUUUUUAGGAUUAAAAUGUCAAAAGUGUUUACAUUUGGCAUUUAAUGACAGAGGUCUCGGUCUUGUGGAAGAAUAAAAUAUGCUCUAGUUUUAAACAGGAGUAGGUUGUUCCUGAAAUUAGCACGCUUCAUACAGCAUUUAGACAAAUAAACUAAGAUUUCCAUUCGUUAGAGUACCUCUUUGGAAUGUAAAUACCACGGUAGAGGCAAUUAGAGAGAAGUUUUUUCCCUCCAUCCAAGCACAUUCAGAUUAACACCAAUAUAAUAUUUUCACUUAUAAAGGUAGGACUUCAAUUCAGAAUUAUUCUAAAAACAGGAUUCUUCAUGUCCUUUAGUCAGCACAUUUCAAUUUCUCAGGGCCUCUGUGUUUAAAAAAGAAAGUGAUUUCUCUCUAAUAUAUGCUAUUAAAUUUAAAAAGGGAAAAGCACUGAAAGAUGUAUAUACAUGUUUCCUUAUAUCCUUUCUACUUUUAGCCAUAAUCCUGUAUGAACAUAUUGUUAAAACUGAAGAUGAUGAGCAUGUGAUUAAAAUGGAAAGCAAUACUUGAUAAAGAGUCUGCAUUGUUAUUUCUUUGCAAACAAAAAAACUAGUAUUUACACAGACAGCAUGGACAAUUCUGGAUAUGUUUAACAAUUGCUUGCACAAUUUCCAUCCCCCACCAUGUAACCAGAUAAAUGAAAAAUGAACUUACUUGCAGCAGAUAGGAUGCAAACCUAAUUCUAUGGAAAGGUGUGCUUCAAGUACAGUUUAAAUUAUUUUUUUUUUCAAAAAAAAAUUUGGCCUUGUUAGUUUCAAAUUAGAAAAAACUGACAGCAGCCCCGAAAAACCCAUCCUGCUCUUAUUAUACUCAGCACUAAUAUGAUGAUCACUGAAAAAAAACAACACCUGAGGGCACAAUUAAUUUCUGUGUGACAUGAAACAGUAAAACUCAAGGACGUUACCUUGUACUAUGUGUCCUGUGAUAUCCUGAAAAUGAAUGGACUCGGUGAAGAACAAAAGUCAAACUGUUGAAAUCAAGAACUAGCUUCCUUUCACAGAAAAAAAAAAAAUCAGAAAGUAAAAUUUGACACAAAUUUUAAUAAGUCUGUUACGGUUU